ACCUUCCAUAUUCUCUCCAAUUAAUUCUCAACAACCCCACUUUCUUUCUCCUCACUCCGUUUCUCCACUUCCUCUUUUAUAUAGAGAUAGAUGAAUCUCAUGUGUCAAUCACUAUCCUAUCUUUAGCUUCAUUAACCAUAUAUAUAUAUAUAUAGUGGCCUUCUUCUGCUCAGCCAUAUCUUUUUCUAAUACAAAUAGUCUCUCUCUCCCUGAUAGACACACACGGAUACACAAAAUGUUGGUGUUGAGAGAAUUAAUAGGAAUAAUCCUGGUUUUGGUUUUAGUUUGUUAUCAGAUCCAAAGCUGUUCUUCCGCAGAGAAUAUAACUAGGAGAAGUUUCCCAAAGGGUUUUGUUUUCGGAACUGCUUCAUCUGCAUACCAAUAUGAAGGAGCAGUGAAAGAGGAUGGUCGGGGAGCCACUGUUUGGGACACUUUUGCUCACACUUUCGGUAAGGUAAUUGAUUUUAGCAAUGCAGAUGUUGCUGUUAAUCAGUACCACCUUUAUCCUGAUGAUAUACAACUGAUGAAAGACAUGGGAAUGGACGCUUACCGUUUUUCUAUCGCGUGGUCCAGAAUUUAUCCCAAUGGAACUGGAGAAAUAAACAAGGCUGGGAUUGAUCACUACAAUAAUCUAAUCAAUGCAUUGCUUGCUAAAGGAAUUGAGCCAUAUGUAACCCUCUACCAUUGGGACCUUCCUCAAGCCUUAGAAGACAGAUAUAACGGAUGGCUCGAUCCACAAAUCAUAAAUGAUUUCGCCGUUUAUGCUGAGACGUGUUUUAAGAGUUUCGGUGAUAGGGUGAAGCAUUGGAUGACAUUCAAUGAGCCACAUACAUUCGCUAUCCAAGGUUACGAUGUUGGUCUUCAAGCACCCGGCCGGUGUUCUAUCCUUCUCCAUUUGUUUUGCCGAGCAGGAAAUUCUGGUACUGAGCCUUAUAUUGUUGCGCACAAUGUUCUUCUGUCUCAUGCCACAGUCUCCAACAUAUACCGAAAAAAAUACAAGUCAAAACAACAUGGGUUGGUUGGAAUAGCGUUUGAUGUAAUGUGGUAUGAACCAGCAACAAACUCUAGGGAGGACAUUGAAGCUACACAAAGAGCUCAAGAUUUUCAAUUUGGAUGGUUCAUGGAUCCAAUGUUCUUUGGGGAUUAUCCUCUCUCAAUGAGAACUAGAGCAGGAAGUCGGUUACCGAAAUUUUCUAAGGCUGAGGCUACUUUAGUUAAGGGCUCUUUGGAUUUUGUUGGGAUAAAUCACUAUACAACAUAUUAUGCAAAGAACAAUUCGACAAAUUUGAUCGAUAUUCUUUUGAAUGACACCUUAGCAGAUUCCGCAGCCAUCACCUUGCCUUUCAGAAGUGGGAAGGCAAUUGGAGACAAGGCAUCAUCGAUAUGGUUGUAUAUCGUUCCAAGUGGGAUUAGAAGCUUGAUGAAUUACAUCAAACAAAAGUAUGGGAAUCCUGUUGUUUUCAUCACUGAAAAUGGGAUGGACGAUUCGAACGAUUUCUUUAAAUCUAUUAAAGAUGCUCUGAAGGAUGAGAAAAGAAUCAGAUACCACAAUGACUAUCUCACUAGCUUACAAGCCUCUAUCAAGGAAGAUGGCUGCAAUGUCAGAGGAUAUUUUGUCUGGUCUCUGUUGGAUAACUGGGAGUGGGCAGCAGGCUAUACUUCAAGAUUUGGUUUAUAUUAUGUGGAUUACAGAGACAAGCUCAAGAAGAGGUACCCCAAGGACUCUGUUCAAUGGUUCAAAAAUUUCCUGGCCUAGUCCACUUAGAAAAUAUUUAGAAUUAAAAAAAAUAUAUAGAAAAUAAACUACAAUUCAAAAAUUAAUUUAUGAAUUUGUAUAUCUUGUAAUUGGAGUUGUGAUGAUUUGGGAUUUUAUAAUUAGAAAAAUUCAAAUCCCUUAAAUUGGUGAAAUGUGUAAAUGAUCAAUUCAAUUGUUUGUUCUGUGAAUAA